AUUCGUACACUCGUAGGAAGACCAUAUGUUACAGGGCUACGAGUCGUUCAUUAAAUGUGGGUAGAUUGAGGACGAUGGUUGUCAUGACUCAUCAAGCACUAUAGAGAACACAGAACAGCACAAGAGAACAGAGCUCCGUAGCCUCUUGGGGAGGGGGUUUAGGUGACACAGUGGCGGCAGGGGAGGAUAGCGUGGCUCCCGCAAGGCUCUUCUUCAGGCUCAUGGUGAAGCAGGAGUGGCAAGUCUGGGGACAUUCAGUUCAGCUUCACUCGCUGCCUGACCAACUCUACUCCCGCUCCGCUCCGCCACACUGCACUCCUCUCCACUGGAGGUUCCGGCUACCGAGCGCGAGAGAUGGAGCUCAGAUUUGAGCCCACUUUCGCAGAAGGUUUCGCGAGUGUUAAUCCCUUGGGGACAGUUUACAGUACGAGGGGCUCCAUGGAUACAUCCAUCUGGAGAGCCCUUCCUUCAUCCAUCCGAUCGCGUGCUAGUCAGUCAAAGCUCGGCACAGAGACUCACACUCACAGUCUCUCGCACAGAGAGCACAGAGAGAACAUUAUAGAGAAGUUGUGUACUGUACUGCGUGGGUUCAAACGUAAGGGAGUCGUGUAAAGGGCGGGAGUCUGGAGACGGGAGCGAGGAGAUGGAUGGUCGUACGGAACAUGAAACGAGUCUGGCUGUGGAUGUGGUGUUCUGUACCGAAGCAGAGGGACUGGAGGGGAGAGUGCAUCCUCCUCUCCUGCGUGCUGGCACAACUUUCGCUAACCUUGAGGAUAAAUUACCAGACUACAGCCCGCAGGCAUCAGCAGCAGCAGCCAGAAAGCCAGCCAGCCAGCCAGCUCCACCGCUCUCGUAGGCCGAGCACCGGGCUGCUGGAGCCUGGAGUCUGGAGUCUGCGGGAGAAAGCAGAUAGCCUGAAUAUUAUCUUCGACUGCAGAGACGGGAAAGCAUUUCAAAUUGUGACCAGCGUGGGUGAAUCCCCUGCUAUGGCGAGCUCCCGGUGAUUUGGAAUGAACAGAGCAGCCCAGCCCAGCCUGCGGGGGCAGCAGCUCCCAGGGAUUAAGAUAUCAACGGUAAUAGGUACUUGCCCAGGCACAUGUCCAGACUCCAGAGGACUUGCAGAAGGGCAGUCAGGUCAAAAAAGAGCUGCUAAGGUCACUCUUCCUUUCAUUUCCUUCCAAUUUCCUUUCCUUCCUUCCCUCGGGAAGACGAAGUUUGGGCCGGAGGAAAUUUACUCCAAUCAUUCUCGUGGUCUUCCCGCCCGCCCUCCCAUGUCGAGCCUGCGAGAAACAUUAAUUGCGUCAUUCUGCGAGAUGUCAUUGAUGUCAUCGUUCUGAGCCUGAGCCGGAACGCGGAGCGCCCCAGGUGUCAUC